AUGACUGCAGAACCUGAACAUAUUAACUUCCCUGGCAAGACCUCCGCCACGCCAGGUGAAGAGUUUGAGGUCCGCCAAACUUCAACCUCGGAGGACUACCACCCCAACCCCUCCAAGUCAAUUCAUCUUUCUCCCGCUCGCCAGGCCUUGAUUGACGACGUCAUUGCCCUCUAUUCUAUGGAUCCUACCAUUGAGCGUGUGGAGCGCUACACCCCGGACUGCGUGUACGAUGACCAGUUCGUCUAUGCCAACGAUCGAUAUAAGAUGGCUGGGCAGUGGUUUGCUUUGCCUAAACUCUUCAACGCGAGCAAAAACGAGGGCUACGAAGUCAUUAAAAAUGAUCGCGAUCUGAUUCAGUUCAAAAACGAGCAGAGUUGGACAUUCAAACUAAUUCCGAAAACGGCGACGAUCAACGCUCUCGUGAGCCUUAGCUUAGACCCCGGCACUGUCGACAGCGAUUUUAUCCAAAUCAAGUAUCACAAGGACCAAGCCAACGAUAAGGAUUAUAGCCACGAGGGAGUGGGGUUUUCUUUCAAGAAAUGGCAGGCCGACAAUGUUGCCAAACAUAUGGACAGCAAGGAGGUUCAGGCAUUCAUUGCAGACAAGGAUGCCAGCAAGAACAAAGUCAAGAAGUAUGGAACUGGCAAGGCGGAGGGAAAUGCGCCCACCAAGACAUUCUGA